CAGUGUUUUAAAAUGAAAUUUUUACAUUUCUGCACACUAAUUUUCUAUUUUAUUUUCCUAUUAUUUAUCGCUCUCGGCUCAGCAAUAUCUCUUUAUAGUCCGGAAGAUCCCUUGUGGGAAUUAGAUGGUACGAAUUUUGAACGCAUAGUUUUAGGGAAAAGCAAUGCAUGGAUAAUUGAAUUCUAUAACAAUUGGUGCGGGCAUUGUAUAAGAUAUGCUCCAACCUGGAAAGAAUUUGCCAAGGAUACUAAAACUUGGCGAAGAGUUGUUGAUGUAGCUGUUGUGAACUGUGCAGAUUCUCAAAAUGACAAACUGUGUCGAGCCUAUGGCGUCAAUAGUUUUCCUACCAUUAAAGUUUUCUCGGCUUACACAAAUAAAACUGAUAAAGGAAUAUUUUUGGAAGGUAAUAGGGAUGUUUCAUCUGUGGAAGUUUCACUAAUAAAGUUCUUGGAAUCAAACUGGAAUGAAAAUGUUCCCACAAAAUGGUCAAUUCUUCAUCCUCUUGAGAACAGUAAUGUUAGAAAUAUCUUAGAAACAGUACCUGAAUCUGAAGAAUCUGUAACUCUUUUCAUUGAAUUUCCAGAUUCUCAUAUUGGAAGAAAAGUAAUUAUGGAUUUAUCCUUCCAAGAUGAUGUCAAUAUCCGGAGAGUUCUGACUACAAAUACACUGUUACUUGCAGAUUUGAAAACACCUAUUCUAAAUUCAUCUGUUCCUUCUGUUAUACGAAUUCACAGAAGUGGUGAAGAAGAAUCCCUUUUUAAAUUUUCAAAAACCACAAGUGAAAAAAUUAUUCGAGAUGAAAUAUUCAAAUAUUUUACUGGGCAGUCUAGGAGAAAAUCAGACCUUGUUUCCAAAACUGAUAUGAGUAAUCGAGGAAAGUUAUCUUCCAAAGGUUUUGUGCACAUGGUGGAUUUGCAAAAUGCUGUGCAUUAUGCAUUAAAGCAAGAAGUUGGUAUAGUAAAUUAUAUAUAUGGCCAGAGGCUAGAUGCAUUAAAAGAUUUCCUGUUUAUACUUAAAGCUUAUUUCCCAGGAACUGAUCAGAUGAGAACUUAUCUUUCAAAACUGCACAAAUCAGUAGAAAAUAAAAAAAACAUGACUGGCGAGGAAUUCACUUCUGAAAUGGAACAAAUACAGGAUGAUCUUGCCUACCUACCUAAAAUGGAAGAAUAUGUGUUUUGUAAAGGAAGCAAUCCAAAAUAUCGUGGCUAUCCAUGCUCCCUCUGGACUUUAUUUCACACUCUUACUGUUCAAGCUUUUAGUGCUUAUGAAUACUCCACUCAUGUUAAAGAAAAUGAGCCUGACAUUCUCCAGACCAUACGAAAGUAUGUAAAAUAUUUUUUUACGUGUGAAGAUUGUUCUAAACAUUUUCAAGAAAUGGCUGCAAACUCCGAAAAAGUAGUCAAAAAUCCAAGAGAUGCCGUACUUUGGUUAUGGGAAGCUCACAAUAGAGUGAAUAAGAGACUUGCUGGUGACCUCACAGAAGAUCCAAGCCAUCCGAAAGUCCAGUUUCCAACACCAGAGAUGUGUCCGAAAUGUCGCAUUGAAGAUUCAGAGUUUAUGGAAAAAAUUCAAUGGGAUGAAGGAUCUGUGUUGAGGUUCUUGCAGCACUUCUACAACAGAGAGAAAAUUUUGUCCUCUGUGAAGAAUCAAGAUUCAUCAAUGGCUUUUAAAGAUUCCAACUCUGAUAACUCUGCCAUGGUUUCAAGAUCGAUAAUUGGUGCUGCAUCAUGGCUAUGCUUGACAAUGCUCUACUAUGUUCUUUAAGCAAAGGCACUUAAAUGAGCUUUAAGUGACAAUGAACAAGACUUACUUCCAUUAUACUGUUGUAUUCCUAUAUUUGUAUUUUUAUAAAUGCAGAAUUGUAGGAUUCUAAAUUAUUUUAUAGAAUUAUUAAUCAAAUUUUUCUAACAGAAUAGAAUUCUAGCUAUGUUAAGAUUAUUCUUUUUUUUUUUAAUUAAUUUUUUUUUAUUAGGGUAACAGCACCAGUAACAGACAUGCUUAAGACACUGCUUUCAGGUUAAUUCAAUUUUCUGAGCCUUUUCGUAUAUUUAAGACUUUAAAAACUAUUUUUCGUUCAUGCAACUACAUCUCAUCAAAUGUUUGGCUGCUUCUGGAUCCUCUGAACUAGUUACUUCUCUUUUUAUUUGCUCAAUUUUGAAUAAAGGUCCGACCCCCAGAAACAGACACCGACAAUUCUGAUGAUACCCAGUACCAGAUAGGAUAAGGAAAGGAUGAGUAAUGGACAUAAUUCCCCUUUUCUCUUCAAAAUGUGCUAAAAUUCUUUGUUUUUAGAUAUAAAACCUUAUUGAAAUUCAAAUGAACAUGAAACACCGGCAGGCUGCAUGGUUGGCUGUUCAUAACCCUCCACCACUGCCUUGUAAAUACCAACUGGGUCAUAAAAUUCACUCUCAUAAACACUAGAUGGUUGCACCGUAUUCAUGAGUCGCAGCAAUAUCAGUUUUACCCACCAAAAAUUUUUACUUUUUAAGUCCAAACUUACGACUGUCUGUUCCUGGAAUCUUGUCUGUUACUGGUGCUAUUAACCUAUAUUUUGUUUUAAUUGGUCUUCAAGCACUUAUAGGCUUACUCUAAAUUUUAAUUUAAAAAAACUUAACAAUGGAUAACAGAUACAAUGCUGAUUAUCAAAUAUGAAUGUAAAGAAGAAAUAACGUCAAAAAGCACUAAUUGCAAAUUAAAACAAGUGUCUGCUGUAAUCCGCAAUUGUGCUUUUUGACGUUGUUAUUUCUUUACUUUUCAACACAAAGGUAUUUAUUUAUCUUUAAUAUGAAUGUGUUUAUUAAUAAAUGCUUGUCAGGUGCUUUCUUUCUACUUAUAGUUUGCAUAGUGUUUCUAUGAUUCUGCAUUUUUUUGUUUUAUCAAUUUUCCUAUACUUGUUUAGCUAAAGAUUGUUCCAUUUAUUAAAACAAAAUUAGUUGUAAAUUUUUUUAAUGUGUAUAUACAUAUUAGGAAGGUCCGAAAAAAAAAUAUAAAUUUCAUAAAUCGUCUUCUCUACAAGCCUACUUUUGUUCCAUAUUGCAUUAUAGAAGGGAGGGGGGAUUCAGAUCAAUUGGUAAAUAUUUAGGGGGUCACGAAAAUAUAGCCCCUUAAGAUACUGAUUUAGCCCAGAGAAAAUAGAGUUUUUACUAAAACACCAACAUGUUGGUGAAAGAAUUUUACUAAUAAAGUUAAUAUAGUACAGAAAUAUUUUGGAAAAUGUAAUUUACAUUUACAAACCUCAUAAAACAAGUUUCUGAAAUGCUAAUAGAACAUACAUUUUCUUCUUGUUUAACUUACGAUUUUAUAACAUCAUUGGCCAUCAGCAUCACUUGUGUUGAAAUGUUGGAAUUUCUUUCCAGUGCAGGAGAACUAAUAGAAGAAGAUUAUCAACAUAUCUUAGCAAUUUUAGUAAACUGUAAUACAGUAAAACUUUGGUAAGUCGAAGUUGCAGGGAAUGCAAAGAAAAAUCGAGUUAUUGAAAAUAUUAUCAAAUACGAAAUCAAAACUAAAGAAUAAUAUAAAAGACCGCCACUGACACUCAUUAAAUUUAUAAUAUGAGCAACAAAGUGAUAGAAUAAUGUAUCAAAGAUAUAUCGUUACCUGAAAGCAACGGUAGGAUAUCUUACUGUUAUUCCUGGGAUUAGAAGUCUUCUGAGGCGACAAUAUAUACUUGACAUAAUUAAUGUAUAAUAUGAUGGUAUGAUUUCAAGAAUUUGAAUAGGUUGGAAAACAAGUUUAGAACUUUAUGUUGGACAUAACAAUUUUUACUUACCAGAGAAAAAACUUGUUUAAAAAAAAAUCUGUUAUUAAACAUUGCUUUAAGCAGAAAUUUUUUCUAUCAUUAAAUAGCCCUUGGAUACUUUUAAAGCAUCAAAGAGGGAGCACUGCCAAUCGAAACGUUUUUUUGAUUUUUUAAAAUUGUUGAAAAUGUAAAGGCACAUCAAACGUUAAUGAAAUUUCCCUCUUUGUUACGCUACAAUAGAAUAAAUUCAACUUUUUCUUGGUAGCUUAAAAUUUUAAAUAUUCUCUUAGUCUAUUUUACAGUUCAAUCCCAAACGUUCAGGCAUCAAUGAAAUGGCACAAC